AUGAAUUAUGGGGAUAAUGGGAUAGAAACAUGUGAUGCCUCUGCUAAGGAGAUAUUUCAAAUGCGAGCAGCUCUCAUGUGGACUAUAAAUGAUUUUUCAGCAUAUGGUACUCUCUCUAGAUGGUGCACUUAUGGACGGUUUGCAUGCCCUUCUUGUAACAUAAACACUCAAUCUAGAAGGCUCACACACGGCAGAAAGUUUUGUUACAUGGGGCAUCGGCGCUUCUUGAAGUCGGGACACAAAUAUCGGAAUGAUGCAAAAUCGUUUGAUGGUACUAAAGAAACAAGACCUGCACCUUGUCCAGUAUCUGGGGCACUAGUGUUGAAUCAAGUUAAAGAUAUAAAAUUUACUCUCGGCCAGGAGAGUGAAGGGUCUAAAGAUAACUUAGAAGCUCGAUUGGACUUGAAGGAGAUGAAAAUAAGACCAAGUUUAUGGCCUCAAUAUCGAGCUAGUGGGAAAGCAUAUCUUCCUCCUACUUUUUGCACAAUGUCUCAAAAAGAAAAAGAAUUGUUUUAUGAAGUACUACAAAAUGCCAAGUUUCCAGAUGGCUAUGCGUCUAAUAUCUCACGCUGCAUUCGCAAACGAAAGAUAUCUGGCAAAGAACUAAAAGUAGAAGAGUUAAAGUUACUUGAAGAAAAAAUUCCAGAAACUUUGUCUACUAUAGAGAAACUUUUCCUCCCAGGAUUCUUUACUGUUAUGAUACACUUGGUAAUUCACUUGGCAACUGAGGCUAAACAUGCGGGGCCGGUAAAUUGUCGCUGGAUGUACCCAAUUGAGAGGUAUUUGGGUACUUUAAAAUCAUAUGUUCGUAAUCGUGCAUGUGCAGAAGGUUCGAUAGCAGAAGCAUACAUAGCAAAUGAGUGUAUGGCAUUUUGCUUAAGAUAUUUGGAGGGUGGAGAUUCAAGGUCUUUUUGUUCAAGAAAAUGCGGCAAUGAGAUUGGGCAUGAGACUAGUAAAGAAGAAUGUCUCUUUCCAAAUAGUGGGGAGUCGUACGGUGGAGUAGAUGUAUUUGAGUUGGAUGAGAAAACAAGGUUGCAAGCACAUCGGCAUGUGCUUUUCAAUUGCGAGUCAGAGGUGGUUGAGAAUUAUAAAAAGGAACAUAUUGCUGAAAUCAAGAGAUCACAUCGUAAGCGUCGUUUGACACAACAUCAACUUGACCGUGUGCAUUUCGAUACAUUUCAUGAGUGGUUCAAGGAGAAAGCAAAGGAGUUGGAAGCCACAUCUAACAUCUUAAAGGAUGUUAAAGUCCUUGCACAAGGGCUGAGUUACAUUGCAAAAAGAUUCAGUGCGUUCGAUGUAAAUAACAGGUAUCGAUUCCGAAUGAAACAAAGUGAAGAAUUUAAGGUGACACAAAAUAGUGGUGUUAUGGUCGUUUCAAAGACUGAAAGUUAUGCAAGUACAAGUGACAAUGCUCCAAAGUCUGCAAAUAUCACAUAUUAUGGCAGAUUGAAUGAUAUUGUGGAGUUAAAUUACUACGAAGAAUUUAAAGUCGUCUUAUUUAAGUGUGAUUGGGUUGAUGUAACCAAAGGUAGAGGAGUUAAGGAAGAUGACUUGGGGUUCACACUUGUGAAUUUCUCACGCCUAACAGACUCUGGCGAUCGAGAACGUCAUGAGCCCUUUAUUUUUGCAGAACAAGCUCAACAACUUAUAUUUGUACAAGAUCCUGAAGAUCAUGAAUGGUUUGUCCCUAGGUUAAUUAAACCUCGAGAUAUUUUUAAUAUGGGAGAGGAAAAUAGUGUGUAG